CAAUUCACCAAUCUCCCAGUUCCCAACACCCAACCAUCGCUCAUUAAAUUGCAAAAUCACCGCCCCACUGCGACUCCCGUUAUAAAAAUAAAAAAAUAAAAAAAUACAAUGUAUAUCCUCACUCUCAGUCUCAGGCCCCUCAACUUCCUCCACUCCAGAAGGGCAUUUUCGUCCAUGACCACCUCCACCCCGUCAGCCACGACCAAUGCCCGCCUGAGAGGCGUGGUGUUCGACAUGGACGGAACCCUAACGGUCCCCGUCAUCGACUUCCCAGCAAUGUACAGGACAGUGCUCGGGGAAAAAGAGUAUUUGAAAAUUAAGUCGGAGAAUCCGUCAGGUAUAGAUAUUCUGCAUCAUAUUGAGACAUGGAGCCCCAACAAGCAGAAACGGGCGUACGAAAUUAUCGCGGAUUUUGAGAAACAGGGUUUGAAUCGCCUCCAAAUCAUGCCUGGUGCUUCAAAACUUUGUAGUUUUCUUGACUCGAGGAAUAUUAGAAGGGGAUUAAUCACUAGGAAUGUCAAGGAAGCAGUGGAUUUGUUUCAUCUACGCUUUGGGAUGAUAUUUUCUCCUGCAUUAAGCAGGGAAUUUCGACCUUAUAAACCAGAUCCUGCUCCACUGCUUCAUAUCUGUACUGCUUGGGGUAUGCAACCAGACGAGGUUAUGAUGAUUGGGGAUAGCCUUAAAGAUGAUGUGGCAUGCGGGAGACGAGCAGGAGCUUUCACGUGCUUGCUUGAUGAAACAGGAAGGUACGAUUCUCCUGAGUAUGAAAACAUGGAAUUCAAACCAGAUUACAAAGUAACAUCUCUUGUUGAAGCUCGUACACUGUUGGAAAAACAUUUCGACCUUAUGCCCGGACUGAAGCCUCAUUGAUGUACGGCGCCUGUGAAGAUUUAUUGCCUCUAGUUUCUGGAUAUAUUCGUGGUAAAACUAGAACUUUGGUUAUAUAUUUCGUCAAUAGUAGGUCAACAUAUCCCGACAAUGCUUAAAGAGGUUAGUUCUCUAAUUCAGCUGGUGGGAAUAAUUCAGUUUUCCUUUUGCUUUUGGGUUCAAUCAAUGAUGUCCUGGGUAGACGGGGCAUGUCAGCCUUGGUGAAACAAAAGUUUCUGGAUUUAUGGACCGACGAUUGUUAUACUACAGCCCGUCUUGGCUUUUUCAAGUGCACGUCUCUUGCUCGUAGUAGUCAUAUUUAGUUGUUCAUCUAGCUUAAAAUUUUGAGAUUGUAUUUUUGGAUUAGAUCCGAGGAACUGCUGUACUUUCUUUGGCUUUUGAUAUUUUUUAAGUUCAUUAAGAUUGUCUAUACAGAACAGCAUUGUAUUAAAUACUUGAACGUUCUAUUAGUGUUUA